GGGAGACUAGGGUAUAAGAGGGAGACCCAGCCUCCCUCUGUGUGCUCCACACCUGUGUCUGGCACCCGAUCCUGUGUGUUGGUGGGCACUUGAAGAUCAGCACCAUGAAGAUCCUGGUCUUGGCCUUGGUGUGUCUACACCUCUCAGAGGGUUUGGAAAGAGUCAUCCUGAGGAAAGGCAAGUCUAUCCGCGAGGCCAUGGAUGAACAGGGUGUACUGGACACAUUCCUCAAGAACCACCCAAAGGGUGAUCCAGCUGCCAAGUAUCACUUCAACAACGAUGCUGUUGCUUAUGAGCCCAUCACCAACUACCUGGAUAGUUACUACUUCGGGGAAAUCAGCAUCGGGACACCACCCCAAAAUUUUCUGGUCCUCUUUGACACUGGCUCCUCCAACCUGUGGGUGCCCUCCACCUACUGCCAGAGCCAGGCCUGCUCGGAUCACAACAGGUUCAACCCCAGCCAGUCCUCCACCUUCAGAAACAAUGGGCAAACCUACACACUGUACUAUGGGAGUGGCAGUCUGACCGUGUUCCUGGGAUAUGACACUGUGACGGUCCAGAACAUCAUCAUCCAAAACCAGGAGUUUGGCCUCAGUGAGGAUGAACCCAGUAACCCCUUCUACUACUCAGACUUUGAUGGAAUCCUGGGAAUGGCCUACCCCAGUCUGGCUGUGGGGAAUGACCCAACGGUGAUGCAGAGCCUGCUGCAGCAGGGCCAGCUCACCCAACCCAUCUUCAGCUUCUACUUUUCUCGCCAACCAACCUAUCAGUAUGGUGGAGAGCUCAUCCUGGGAGGCGUGGACACCAAUCUCUACUCUGGACAGAUUGUCUGGGCUCCUGUCACCCGGGAAAUGUACUGGCAGAUUCCCAUUGAGGAGUUUGCUGUUGGUAACCAGGCCACCGGUUUGUGCUCCCAGGGCUGCCAGGCCAUUGUGGAUACGGGAACCUUCCCACUGGCUGUUCCCCAGCAGUACAUGAGCUCCUUCUUGGAGGCCACAGGAGCCCAGCAGGCUCAGAACGGUGAUUAUGUAGUCAACUGCAACUAUGUGCAGAGCUUGCCCACCAUCACCUUCAUUAUCAGCGGAUCCCAGCUCCCUCUGCCUCCCUCUGCCUACGUCAUAAACAAAAAUGGCUACUGCACACUCGGGAUUGAGGCCACAUAUCUGCCUUCCCCCACUGGGCAGCCCCUGUGGAUUCUGGGAGAUGUCUUCCUCAGGGAAUAUUACAGUGUGUAUGACAUGGCCAACAACAGGGUGGGCUUUGCCUACUCUGCAUAGACUGGCGAGAGGCAGCUGUCUCCACCGUCCCUGGAGGCCUCUGAGGUUGCCCUGAUGUUUGUGUGUGCCAACAGCAGCAUUUUCAACUGUCUUGACCCUUUCUGAUCACUAGACUCUUACCCCCUGCAACUAAUAAACAGGAAAUUCUGAAUGUU